CAUGGCUUCUUUCUCGGGGACCUCUCAGCUCUUCCUUUUUCACCGGAUAAGCACUCCUUAAGCGAGGCUUUGUUCCAGCAGCAUAUACGGUCAUCAACACCACAGCGCCAAACUGUUACGCCGUCGGUCGUUCCUCCUCUGGCCUAACACGACGAACGCGGCGUUGGGCCACUGACGAGCCGCCGCACGCUCUGCGAGCCCGGCUCUUACGCUCCUUUCCCCUGAUCAGGGUCUUUCCUUAUUUUAUUCUACUUCUCGAGUUCUUGGAUGCCGUAGAUAUCGGUAUCAUUUCUUUUCGACAUGCCACCGACGCUUGACCUCAGCAGGACGUCACACGCCAAAGUUGUUAUCGCACCGCCUCGCAUCAAUCUCCGCCGAGCAGCUUCUUACCAACAUGACCGGGGGCCGCUUUCUUCCACAUCAUCGCGCUUUACUUUCAACCACCUGGUCUUUUCCCCACCCCCAUCACCGGGUCUUCCUUCGCUCUCACCUCCGGCGAAGAAGCCGAGCCGACGAUUGUUUAGCACCGUCCGUCCGCUCAGGGUUAUCCGUUACGCUAUCCGGCUGCUGAGCGUCGUCCUUGUCUUCUUUGUGGCCCUAGAGGUUCUAACCUGGUUCUUUGGCGAGUCAACGCCGACACCGACAAACACCACAAAAUCUGUGAUCCAAGAACCCGAGCCUGAGACAGGGAUGGUUUCACAGAAGGCGGUGCCAGAUUUUCCGACUCCGAUUGUCGUGACUGAUGAUCGGGGACGGGCGAAGUGGACCGUAUCGAUACCACCAGGGUCCGAGUUCCCCCUGGCGAUGAGCCAGUACGUGGAUAUGUGCCUGAAGUGCCGGCAGGUAGCGGAGCGGGCUCGCCAUCUGCGGUCUCACGGGCACGGACUGCAUCAAGUGUCCUUGGGGUUCGGCUCCGACUCGGCAGAUGACUUCAUUGAUGUGAAAGAAGCCGAAAAGGCUGGGUAUUUUGCCGGCGUGGAGAAAUAUGAUGGGGGGGUUGCGAGAGGGAGCGAGACGGGGAAAAUGGCGUGCAAAAAGAGCCUGACGUUCGUCCUUGAGUCAAGCGAUGCCGGCUUGGGCAAGACGUUGAUGAUGCUCUGGAUCGCGUACGGUUUGGCCGAAAAGGAGGGACGUGCUUUUUUCAUUGACGACACCCGAUGGUCAUACGGAAAGUUCACGGCCCUCUUCCAACCCCCACCAAUCCCGGAGUGCUCAGCACCGCCCAGCCACGAGAUUCUCCCCUGCCCACGGCACACCCGGCACCUCGUGGCAUCGGCUGCAACGAUGGAUGUGCUGUUUGGAAGCUUGACCGAGAGCGCCGAUCCCCCGUCCGAAUCACACGAUCGAGCCCUGCGGAAGACACAAUUCAACCUUGCCCGCCGGGGCUAUGAAGCGCUGGCCCGGAUGAACAAGGAUGACGGCGAUUAUGUCGACACACGUGUCCGCGAGCUGACGGACAUGAGGACGGUGCCCAAGUCCAAAGGUCAUCGUAACGGCCUCGCUGUCGGGGUACACAUCCGCCGCGGCGACCGACACCCGCUCGAGUUCCAGUACCGCCACUCCUACAUGCCACUGAGCCUCUACACCGAUACCGCGUACGAGAUCAUCGAGUCCCAAUUCAACCACACCACCACCGGCCUCUUUGCCAGCAGCCACAGCGGCGAAGAAGCCGCCGCCGCCAAAGAGCAGAGUAUCGUCGUGCUCGCGUCGGACGACCCCAUGGUCUACGAGAGCGCCGAGCUCGCUGGCGCAGCCAAUCGCGCCCAGGAGCGCAUCAAGCUGGCCAGCAAGCAAAAUAUCCAGAAUACCAACCAGGACAAGUCAGUCAUGCGCAAGUUCGUGGACGAGACAUUCGGCUGGGAGGGCGGGUUUUUUGCCGCCAUGUUCUGGAACCUCGGCGUGACAUCCGCCCAUGCCACAGCAGCACCGGACGCCAGCCCCGGCAGCGGGAAUUAUGCCGCACCAUCCGCGGAAACCCUCCGGCUUAGGAGCCUGGUGGGUCGUGCGUACGUGAUGGACCUGACGGUCCUGGCGGACGCGAGCGACGUGGUCGUGUGCACGGUCAGCGCGGUCGGGUGUCGGCUGCUCGCCGUCAUGAUGGGGUGGGAGCGUGCCAUGGACGAGGGCAACUGGGUCAACAUCGAUGGCGGGUACGGGUGGCUGGGGCUGGAGUGGUGAACAACCUCGACCUCGUGGGGUGCUGGUGCAUAGCAGCGUUUUUUCUUUCCUGUCUUUUUCCUCGGCAUUUAGAAGGGCGUUUACUGGCGUUAUUUACC